CUGACUAGCAACUUAGUGAAGAAGUUCGCUAGGCCGCACGGUUCGUUGGAAUUACGACCAAGUCCGUGACAGUUGGUAUCAGAGCCAGGUUUGACGGAAGAUGGAAGGUGGAAGUGAGACUACCAACGUGACCAAGGGAGGCGAGAAGAAGACCAAGACCCAGAGAUCUCGCUCGAGGGAGACCAUGGACGGUUUCGAGACAAGGCUAGCAAGGGUGGAACUUGCUAUCGCCGAUGGGGAGGAGAAGUUCGAGGAGAUGGGGCAAGGCAUGGAUGAGUUCCCCGUCGAGGUUUCUUCGAUACAAGUAGAGCUCGAGAAAGUCUCGCGCAAGUUAGAGAGCGCCGAGGAGGAGCUCGUGCUGUGCAAGAAGGCUCUUGCACAAGGUAGUCCAUCGACAUCCGAGGUAAGGACUCCACCCUCGGAGUUAGAUAUUCCACGACCCAAAUCCUACAAAGGGUCAAGGAAUGCGAAGGAACUUGAUAACUUCAUAUGGAGCAUGGAACAAUAUUUCCGAGCUCUUGCCAUUUCCGAAGAGAAACGGAAAGUGGAUAUGGCAAGUCUUUUUCUUGAGGACACCGCCAUGGUGUGGUGGAGAAGGAGACAAGGAGAUAUGGAGAAAGGGACGUGCACCAUAGACACUUGGGCCGAGUUCAAGAGUGAACUCAAGAAACAGUUCUACCCUAAUAACGUAGAAGAAGAGGCCUGGGGAAAGUUAAGGCGUCUUCAACAUAAAGGAAGCAUACGAGAAUAUGUGAAGGAGUUCACCGAGGUACUUCUUGAAAUCCCAGACUACCCUGAUAAAGAAGCUUUCUUUGCCUUUAUGGAUGGGUUGCAGCAAUGGGCUAGACUUGAGCUUCAGAGACGUGGGGCUCAAGACUUAACCACUGCCAUUUCCAUUGCCGAAUCCCUUAUCGAGUUCAAGAAGCCUGAGAAACCAAAGCCAAAGGAUAAGGGUGGCAAGGGAAAGAGUGGGGGAGACCACCACCGAGACAAAGAAACGACCAAGAAGACAAGGGGAUCCAAGGAGUACAAGGCUGGCGAGAGACCUCCACUAAAGUGCUUCUUUUGUGAGGGUCCUCAUCGGGCAAGGGAGUGCCCGAAAAAGGCAAAACUCUCGGCAUUAAUUGAAGAAAGGGAGGAACAAGAACGUGAAGAGGAGAGAGUAGGAUCCCUACAACUCCUCAACGCAAUCAAGGCAAAGGUGGAGAUGUCAAAGUCCAACAAGAAGGGCCGAUUGUUCGUAGAAGCCAAGAUCGGAAGACACACCGUGAAAGCUCUUGUAGACACGGGUGCUUCCAACAACUUUUUAAGAGAGGAAGAAGCAAGAAAGCUGGGCAUUGAUUUCAAAGGAGAACGUGGUUGGCUUAAGGCAGUGAAUUCAAAACCGAUGGCUACCUUUGGAGUUGCUCAAGAUGUCAAGGUAAGCCUAGGAGAUUGGCACGGCCCAAUAGACUUCUCCGUCGUAACCAUGGAUGAUUAUCCAAUUGUUUUGGGUAUGGAGUUCAUGGACAAAGUCAAGGCCAUUCCAAUUCCCUUCGCCAACACCAUGUGUAUCCUGGAUGAAGGCAACACUCGUCUAGUACCACUAAAGCGAGAAGCCCGACUCCGAGAAAAGCAAAUCUCGACCAUGCAACUUUCUAAAGGCAUAAAGAAGAAACAGCCCACAUACCUUGUUGCCUUGAAGGAAGAAGAAGUCCCUCCACCUACCGAGGAUCUCCCAAGGAGUGUUGACCUUGUCCUAGAAGAGUUCAAGGACGUGAUGCCGCCAGAGUUGCCCAAGAACUUGCCACCAAAGAGGGAGGUGGAUCAUAAGAUAGAGUUGGUUCCUGGUGCCACUCCGCCCGCAGCAGUCCCGUAUCGCAUGGCGCCUCUAGAGCUCGAGGAACUUAGGAGGCAAUUGAAGGAGUUGGUGGACAUGGGGUAUGGCUAUUCGGCAAUAGCUGCUCCACUCACCGAUCUUCUCAAAAAGAAUCGAGUGUGGGAUUGGGAAGACAAGUGUCAAGCAGCUUUCGAAGAACUCAAGGAAGCCGUGAUCAAGGAACCAGUGUUGACCCUACUCGACCACACCAAGCCGUACGAGGUGCAGACCGAUGCUUUUGAUUAUGCCUUAGGAGGGGUCCUAAUGCAAAAAGGUCAUCCUGUGGCUUACGAGAGUCGUAAGCUUAACGAUGUCGAACGUCGUUACACGGUUCAAGAGAAAGAGAUGACGGCUGUGGUACAUUGCUUGAGAACAUGGAGACAUUACUUGUUGGGCACCAAGUUCGUUGUGAAGACGUCCAUAACGCAUGAGCGGAGAGGUUGUUGGCAAGAACGAGAUCGGAGACCUCAUGCGUGAAUGUUAAUAAGAUCCAUCCUUGGAGUAAAGCAUCGAAUUGAUACCAUUCGGAGUCGGUUGCGAAAGAGGCUACGGUGGUGCCGUCGAGGAAGCCCAUGGGAUUAAAUCGGAGAACCAAGAGACGGAAUAAUCUACUCCACUUUUU